UGAAAUUGGGCCCCAACAUUUGAAUCUUGCGAGAUUUACCCCCAAACUCCGUCUCUAGUCUCGUCUCUUUCUCUCACUCUCUUCGCCAUUAAAAGCUGCACCAUAAACCCUAAAAAAAAAGCCCUAGCCGCCACUUAAUUUUCUUUUGCUGAAAAAUGGCGAAGAAGAAGGCUUCGUCUCGUAACUCCAACGGAGCUUCCAAUGAGCAGCAACAACAGUCGCAGAGCCAGGCGGCUUACCAGAAGCCCGCCGCCGCGGAGCUCAGCCGUCAGUUCUCGAUGGAGGAGGACCACGACUCGUCGGAGGAGAAGUUCCAGAACCUGAAGUCCCUCAACGCGAUUCUCCUCAAGCAGGCCGUGGAGAAGAGGCAGCAGAUCGAGACGCUCUUCCACGCGAAGGAGUCGCUGGAGGCCGAGCUUGCUCGCUCCGGCGCGGAGAGGACUCAGCUGACGGAGGAGCUUCGCGGCUCGGGGGACGAGAGUUUCUUGCUGAGGCUCGAGAUGGAUCUGUUCGUUGGGAUUGUGGAGUGUCGGUUGAAGGAGAUGUUUGGUGUUGUAGAUGGGUUGGUUAAGGAGAAGAGUGAGAUUAGGGUUUUGAAAAGAGAGGCUGAUGAUAUGGUGCGUGAGUUGGAGAAAGAGAGGGAGGAGUUGAGUAGGGUUUGUGAGGAGAGGGAUAGGGUUAAGAGUGGGUUUGAUUUGAAGAGUGAGGAGGUGAAUAGGUUGAAGGAGAGUGUGGUUAAGAUGGAAUCUGAGAAGUGUAGGAUGGUGAAGGAGAGGGAGGAGUUGGUUGAGAGGGUUAACAAGGAGAGGAGUGACUUGGAGAAGACUCUAGAGGAGAAGGUUAGGGAAGUAGAUGAGGUUAAGAGAGAGAUGAAGGGGCUUUCGAUGGAGAAGAUGGAGGUGGAGAUGGUUAACCGUGACCAGAAGGAAAUGAUGGUGAAGUUGGAGAGAAAGGUGGAGAGUUUGACAAGGGAAGAGAAGGGUUUACGUGAUCAGGUUGUAGGGUUGGAGAAGAGUCUUGACGAGGUUAGGGAGGAAGCAAAAGCAAAGGAGGAGAGGAUCAUUGCGCUGGCGAAAGAGAAAUCUAUCAAGGUUUCUGAGCUUGAGGGUUUACUGGUGGAGAAUGUUUCGAUCAAGAAACAGAUGGAGAUGGCUCUGGUGCAAGCUUCUGAGAAGGAGAAACUGGCGGACCAAAUUGCGCGCGAGAAGGUUGAUCUUUUGGAGCAUAUUAGUAAGCAGGAAGCUAAGUUUGAUGAGAUGAGUAAACUAGCGGAUGAGCAAAAGCGUGUUGUGGUGCAACUGCGGAAUGAUUAUAAUGAUCAGAUCAAGACUAGUGAGAAGUUUAGCUGCAAUGUUAGCCAGCUUAAGGAUGCUCUGGACUUGGUUAAGGUCGAUAGAAACAACGCCGGGAAGGCUCUUGACGAGGAGAAGAAGAGUGGGUUGGCUCUUAAGGAAAAGGUUGCAGAGCUAGAGAAAACGAUUCAAGCGUCUGGUAAAGAGCUUGAGAAGAUCAAGGCUGAGCGAGGGAGAUUGAUUAAAGAGAAGAAGGAACUGGAGAACCGUUCUGAGUCGUUGAGAAAGGAAAAGGGUAUCCUCCAAAAGGAUCUCGUGGAGCUCAAAAAAGAUAUGGGUGUGUUAAAAACUGAGCUAGAAUCUGCUGGAACAAAUGCCAAACGUGGUCUAACAAUGCUAAAGACUGUGUCCUCUCUAGUAUGUGGACAAGACAACAAAAAAGGCGAGCAGAAAAGAGGAGAAAAGAGAGUGGAUUCGUACUCGGUGGAGGUAGAAGCGAUCAAGAAAGCUUUCAAGAACAAAGAGAGCAUGGUUGAGGAAAUGAAGAAGGAAAUAGAGACGAUGAAGCAUUCGGUGAAAGAUGCACAUGACAAGAAGAGCUUUUGGACACUUGUGUCAUCUAUUACUACUCUCUUCAUGGCUGCUUCUGUUGCCUAUGCCGCUGCUAUUAAGUGAACGCUUGAAGAUGGUACUGCCCUCUUUUUAACUCUCUCAGACAACAUUAUCGCAUUCGAGUUUUCUAUUUUUCAGUUGUUUAACUUCUAAACCGUUUGAGCAUCUUAUGAGUUGUUUACUCAGAAACUCUCUAUGUAGUUUGCUUGAACAACUAUAUGUUGUAAACCUUUUCCUUUUCAUAUCUGUGGUUCUUCUACUACUCUCUCAGAACAUGUAGUUGGUCUUCAGAAAAUCUAAUAAAAUUGUUUGUUUCAUA